AUGCCUGAGAUACUUUCUGCGACAGUAUACAAUCCUUCCACCUCCCUUGGCGUGCAGCACAUUCAAGAUGCCGUGCUCCCGCUGGCCGAUAGACACGCUCUUCACACGCCAGGUGUCGAUACUGAAGACGAAGGUACAAUCCCCCGUUACUACUUUACGCCAAGGUACUCGACUGCCUCAACCUAUAUGCCUGCUGCCAUCUCACCACGGACGAUCGAGGACUUCCCCACCCCAAAGGCACGUGGUUUCAACAUGUCGAAGCAGGCUGGUCAACCUUCGCCCUGCCUUGACACCUUCCCCGCCGACGCCAUGGUGCAGAGCGACAGCGACUUCGACUCUCUGUACGAUGUGACCGACGAUGAGGCCGAGGUCCCUCUCAAGUGCUCUGCAUCCGUGAAGAAGACUGCACGCUCUGUUCACAGCCGAUACCCAUCCGUCGUGAUCCCCUCCCCGUCCACCUGGCCCACCAUAGAGAAGCUUCGAAGUGCACAGAACGCAGCACCUCCAACACCUCCAACGCUUCUUACUCCUUCUCGACAGGCUCUGUCAAUGAUCCAGUCCCACAACCUUCUCGUACCAGCUCGCUCUACCACCCCUUCCCUUGAUGGAAGCUUGACCUCCGAAGAGAUGGAUAAAUUGAGCUGCCCCUCCACCCCUGACACGCACAAGCGUCGAUCGAACUUGAACGUAGAUGAAUGGGGCCCUGUUCAGCUUGACUUACAGGCCCUACAGACACUUCAACAUCUCAGCUCAAUGGACUUUGGCAUUGAGCAACAGGAACAGAACCACAGGCAAGGCGAGAUGCAAGAAGUUGCCAGGCCGUCCCUAAACCUUAGCAUUCCCUCUGCACAGCUGCCCAGCACAUGUGGCAACACCCCCAUCUCUGCCCUUUCCGUCCCUUCUCCCGGGGGAUUUUUCUCUUCGCUCAAGCUCUCUGCCCGCCAUACCUGGAGCAUUCCCAAGAAAGAGGAGUCAGCCCCAAACACCUCCACCGCCGAACACUUUUAUGGUGUACCUUGGGGAAACCGUAGAAAAACACUGGGUCAGAGCAUCAUCAAGGAGCAGACUGCCACUCUCGCCGGUUCUACGCUAGAUGGCUUUAGCGACUCAGGCAUGCCAACCGCCCGCCCCGUCAUCCAGGACGACGAGGAGGCCUUCGAGGUCAAGGAGAUCAACCCUAGCAAGACCAUCUUCCAAUACAACGAGAAAUACGACGCAGAGGUGCAGAAGCUCUCAACUCUCAACCUCGAGCGGACCAGCCAUUGGCUUGAGGAGCAGGAUGAGCUUCAGGCCGCACUUCGAGAUAUGAGCUCCAUUGCCUCGCCGAGCUCUCCAAGUGGCAGCCACAGCCGUGGCAGCUCUCUAGACAAGAGCACCAAGAAGUCGGUCACGUUUGCCGAAGAGCCCCAGAAAUCGCAAGCCGAGCCUGGAUCGCCUAAGCAGACUACCACCUAUAUCCAGGGAUUUGAGUUCAUUCGCAACCAAAGCCGUAAGCAAGAUCCCUACAUUCACCGACAGACCCGCGCCGAAGCCAUGCACCUCCGCCGAAGGUGUAUGCCCCAAGCCCAUAGGGAUCAGCUACUUGGCAAGUUCGAGCUCACUGACCCCGUGCGACCUUCACCUCCACGACCGGUGUCCGAGUUCUACAUGAACGAUCCCACCGUUCUCAAGGAGAGGAUUGCUCGUGCCCAAUCCGAACGACAAGCGCUUGACCAGAUGCUACCAAGCACCUGGGUCCUUCAGGCACAAAAACAGCUGAACGGCGGCAAGCUACUCAGCAAGCCCGCAGCACGACUUAUCUCGCGCGCGCGGGAGCCACGCAUCCUAGAUGUUGGGGGCAUUCCUACCAAUGACUGGGCCUGGCAAGUAGCUUAUGACUACACCUAUGCUACUGUCACCACAAUUUACACUGCUGGAGCCAACCUCACAAGCAACGUCAGUGGACCCGAGAACCAUAAGCAUAUGACCGUCCCAAACCUUUGGACAUUUCCAUUCCCUAGCGAACACUUCGAUGUCAUUUCUGCUCGCACUCUUUACGAACUGCUCAAGACUGACAAGCCCCUUGGUCGCUCCAAGGACGAGUAUGAUCUAUGCAUCAAGGAGUGCUUCCGCGUGCUCAAGACUGGAGGCAUCAUUGACUUCUCACUCAUCGACUCUGACAUCAUUCAAGCCGGAAGCAGUGCCCAAGCCAAGAGUGUUGAGUUUGGAUUCAAUUUGAAAACCCGAGGCUACGACGCCGCCCCCACCAAGGCAUUCCUACCACGUCUUCACAAGGCUGGAUUCAAAGACGUGCAAAGAAUGUGGAUGGUGCUUCCAAUGGGCAGGACUUCUGCCAAUUGGAAGGAUGUCCUCCCUGUUGGUGCCAACAACAACGAGCAAGAAAGGAGCAUUGGUCCGGACGGCCAGGUACAGGUUAGCGAGGCACCAGUCUUCGGCUCAACCGCAGAUGCUGCCAUGAUGACCGGUAUUGUAGGAAGUUGGUUGUGGGAGAAGUGGAUGCUGCGAUUGCAGGUUGAGAUGGGCAAGGAGGAUGAGAAGCUUCUCGAAGGCGUUGUACAGGUCUUGGAGGAGGGUGUUCGUGAGGGCUCCGGAUGGAGUUUCUUCAAGACACUGGUCGACCAUGAGAUUACCGUGGAGCUCAAGAACGAAGUGUGCAUCCGUGGUACACUGAAAAGCGUCGACCAAUACCUGAACAUCAAGCUCGAUAAUGCUGAAGCAACCGACGAAGCAAGGUGGCCGCAUCUGUGUUCGACGCGCGACAUGUUCAUUCGUGGAUCCGUUGUCCGAUAUGUACAUCUACCUGGUGGGGCUGUCGAUACAACACUUUUGGAGGAUGCCACAAGGAGAGAAGCGGAAGCUGCGAAGAACAAGGCGAAAUGA